UCUUGUUAUCUAGGCUCCGUGGUUUGGUAGAGAGGUAGAAGCACAUGUACACAAAUAACUUUUAAAGUUGUAUAUUUAUUAGAAUUAAAUUAUGGGGAAGUUAAAUGUAACGAUGUUACGUUAUUUAACGCGGGAAGAUUUCCGUGUAUUGACGGCAAUUGAAAUGGGUAUGAAAAAUCAUGAGCUUGUACCAGCUUCACUUGCUGCGCAAAUAGCAAAUUUACGUUAUGGUGGUGUUCAUAAAUUGUUGAAGGAAUUAUGUAAACAUCGAUUACUCAGUUAUGAAAGAGGGAAACAUUAUGAUGGUUAUCGCUUGACAAAUGCUGGUUAUGAUUACUUAGCCUUAAAAGUACUGGUACAAAGAGGUGUUGUUGGUUCUUUUGGAAAUCAAAUAGGUAUUGGAAAAGAGUCUAACAUUUACGUAGUGGCAGACGAAGAAGGAAAUCCACUUUGUUUGAAAUUACAUAGAUUAGGUAGAACAUGUUUCCGAAACAUCAAAGGAAAAAGAGAUUAUCAUCAACACAGAAAAUCUGCAUCGUGGUUAUAUCUGUCUCGAAUAUCUGCAACAAGGGAAUUUGCCUAUAUGCAAGCACUCAUGGAUAGAGGAUUUCCAGUACCAAAACCAAUUGAUUUUAAUCGACAUUGUGUUGUUAUGGAGCUGGUUGAAGGUGGACCUUUGUGUGAAGUUCAUGAAGUAAAUGAUGUGGAAGAAUUGUAUGACGAAUUAAUGAAUUUAAUCAUCAAAUUUGGCAAUCAUGGUGUUAUCCACGGUGAUUUUAAUGAAUUUAAUAUUUUGAUUACGGAUGAUGGUAAACCGAUUAUUAUUGAUUUUCCACAAAUGAUUUCUACCGAGCAUGAAAAUGCAGAACAUUAUUUUGAACGUGAUGUCAAUUGUAUUCGUGAUUUCUUUAGAAGAAGGUUUGGAUAUGAAAGUGAACUUUAUCCAACAUUUAAAGAUAUUCUACGAGAAGAUUGUAUUGACAUAGAAAUUAAAGCUAGUGGUAUAACAAAACAAAUGGAAAAAGAUGUUUUAAUGGAAAUGGGUUUUGAAACGAAUGAAGAUGAAGAAACUUCUAAGAUUGAUAAUGAUGAUGAUGAUGAUGAUGAUGAUGAUGGUAAUAAUGAUGAUAAUGAUGAUAAUAAUGAUGAUGAUGAUGAUGUUGUCGAUGUUAGUGCUGGUGAUAUUGCUAAUGAUAAUAGUAAAGAAUCCAAUUUCGAACAUGAUAUAAAUGAAUUAAGAUUACGAGUGGAACAAUCGAUGAAAGAAGUUGAUUCUUCAGAAGAAAAUGUUAAUGAAGAUGCAAGGACUACUAGAAGUGCUGUUAGUACUAUUAUAUCACCAGAUGAUAUAAAAAAGAGAACAAAACGAUCUUUAGAAAAACGAGAAAAAAAGAGUCAAUCUAGAAAGAUUCUAGUAAAAGGUGAAGCUAGUGCAGUAACUAGAGUUAGAAGGGAAAAUAGAGAUGUUAUCAAACAAUCAACUGAAGGUAUAUGGGGCUAUGAUUAAUGUAAGAUUAUUUUUCUUUUUUUUUUUUGAAUAAUUAUAACAAUAACAAAAUUAAUGUCUUUUUA